CAAGUGCAACCAGUUAACGGCAUAUAUAACAACAUCUACACUCACAAUGGCUCCCCGAGACAUCAAGCCGUUGGUGCUCUACGGCAUCUUCCCCACAGCCAACCCCGUAAAGGUCGCCAUCAUCCUCGAAACCCUCAACAUCCCCUACGAGCUUAAGUCUACCGACUUCAGGCAGUGCAAGGAGCCCGAGUACCUUGCCAUCAAUCCCAACGGCCGUUGCCCAUCCAUCCAUGACCCAAACACUGGCCUCUAUCUCUGGGAAUCCGGUGCAAUUGUCGAAUAUCUGAUCGAUGAAUAUGACAAGGAGAACACCAUCUCUUUCUCUUCGAUGCCUGAGAAGUAUCACCUGAGGCAGUGGCUUCAUUUCCAAGUCAGCGGACAAGGCCCGUAUAUCGGCCAAUUCUCGUGGUUCAAAUGGUACCAUACCGAGAAGUUCCAGUCUGCCAUUGACAGAUAUGCUGCCGAGACUCGUCGUGUCAUGGGUGUUGUAGAUCUUGGACUCAAAGACAAGGAGUGGCUCGUUGGCGGUAAGAUGACAUAUGCUGACCUUUGCUUGGCCCCGUGGUUCUACUGGGCAAAGAGAAUUGGCGGAGACGAGUGGUUCUCCCAGCAGCUUUCUGAGCUCCCCAACUUCCAGAAGUGGUGGAACAAGCUUGGAGAGGUGCCUCAGGUCAAGGAGCUCUGUGCUGGCGUCGCACAGUUCAAUCCAUCGUAUGUUCCCAAGGACGUAGUAGACAGAUUGAACAACAAGACAGCUUGA